AUGACUCUGUGGAGAGGAAGCUAAUGCCUAAAGAAGGACCUCUCAGGAACUUAAUAACAUAGUAGAUUAAAGACCUACAAAUGUCUUCUAUCAAUGUUCGCGUCACCACCAUGGACGCUGAGCUGGAGUUCGCCAUCCUGUCCAGCACCACUGGCAAACAGCUCUUCAACCAGAUAGUGAAAACCAUCGGGCUGAGAGAGACCUGGUUCUUUGGCCUACAGUACCAGGACAGCAAAGGCUUCUCUACCUGGCUCAAACUCAACAAGAGGGUGACAGCUCAGGAUGUACGCAGGGAGAACCCUCUGUUGAUAAAGUUCAGGGCCAAGUUCUACCCUGAAGACGUAGCUGAGGAACUGAUCCAAGAGGCCACGCAACGACUUUUCUUCCUGCAGGUGAAGGAGGGUAUCCUGAAUGAUGAUAUCUACUGUCCUCCGGAGACGGCUGUGCUGUUGGCCUCCUACUCUGUUCAGACCAAACAUGGAGACUACAAGAAGGACUACCACUUUCCUGGUUACCUCAGCAGGGACAAGCUGCUUCCCCAGAGGGUACUGGAGCAGCACAAGCUGAACAAGGAGCAGUGGGAGAAUAGGAUAAAGGUGUGGCAUGAGGAGCACAAGGGGGUGCUGAGGGAGGAUGCCAUGGUGGAGUAUCUGAAGAUAGCUCAGGAUCUAGAGAUGUAUGGAGUCAACUACUUCAGCAUCAAGAACAAGAAGGGUUCAGAGCUGUGGCUGGGGGUAGACGCUCUGGGCCUCAAUAUAUACCAGAACACUGACAGGAUGACCCCUAAGAUCGGCUUCCCAUGGAGUGAGAUCAGAAACAUUUCCUUCAACGACAAGAAGUUUGUUAUAAAGCCCAUGGACAAGAAAGCCCCGGAUUUUGUGUUCUACGCCCCUCGUCUGCGGAUCAACAAGCGUAUCCUGGCGCUGUGCAUGGGGAACCAUGACCUGUACAUGAGGAGGAGGAAGCCAGACACCAUCGAGGUCCAGCAGAUGAAGGCCCAGGCCCGCGAGGAGAAGACUAAGAGACAGAUGGAGAAAGCUCUGCUUGAGAGCGAGAAGAAGAAGAGAGAGAAUGCGGAGAAGGAGACAGAGAAGAUCGCCAGAGAAACCAUGGAGCUGAUGGGCAGACUGAAACAAAUUGAGGAAGAGACCAAGAAAGCUCAGAAAGAGCUGGAGGAGCAGACUCGCAGGGCCCUGGAGCUAGAGAAGGAGAGGACGUUUUCCCAGGAGAAGGCAGAGCGUCUGGAGAAGGAGCGCAGGGCAGCGGAAGAGGCCAAGGCAUCCCUCCUACAGCAGUCAGAGAGCCAGAUGAUGAACCAGGAGAACCUGGCCACUGAGCUGGCUGAGCUGACCUCUAAGAUCACCCUUCUGGAGGACGUAAAGAAGGAGAAGGACGACGAUACAAAGAGAUGGCAGAAAAGGACGGUCAUGGUGGAGGUUGAUUUAGAGCGGGCCAAAGAAGUUCUGAAGACUAAAGACAUCCAGGACUGUGUGCAGGGGGACCACGACGAGACCGACGAGAGCAGCGCCGAGGCCAGCGCCGAGCUGACAUCACCAGGCAUGAUCAGAGACCGCAGCGAGGAGGAACGCAUGACGGAGGCUCAGAAGAACAAACGGCUACAAAAACACCUCAAGGUCCUGAGUACUGAGUUGGCCGGCGCUCGAGACGACAGUAAGAAUACUCCCAAUGACCUGAUCCACGCGGAGAACGUUAAGGCCGGCCGGGACAAGUACAGGACCCUCCGUCAGAUACGACAGGGCAACACCAAGCAACGCAUCGACGAGUUUGAGUCCAUGUGAAAGAGAAUGAGUGAGUGAGUGAGUGAGUGAGUGAGAGAGAACAAGAGUCUGUACUGAAUCUAUGUAUUUGAAUGGAAGUCAUAUAGGCAGGUACAGUGUAAUUAUAACGUCAACAUUGCUUUAUUGACUUUGUCAGCACCCACUGCCUCUCCCCAGUAGCGUUUUGUCUACCGUGACUAAAGGUUGCCAUCUACUGGCUGUAAAGUAUUACAUUUAUGUUUGCUAAAGUAAAGUUCUGUCGACUACAGACUGUAGGCUACUAGUACAACAAUCAAAGUGAGUGAUGAUAUUGUUACUACAUUAUCAUUUCUGCUGCUUUUGGAUUUUGCGAUCUUGAAAUGCAUCUAUGCAAAACAAUCCUUAGC